ACAAGCCCCACCUUCCGCUUGUCUUCAAGGAGAAUCUCACCACAAGCAACCACAAAUACCACCCAGAGAUACCAGCAUCCGUCAUGACACGAAGUGCCCUCUUUGUCAUUGACAUACAGCGCGAGCUCGCGGAUGAUCCCAAAACUCAGAUCCCCCAUGCGGAGCGGAUCCGUUCUGCCGGCGGGAAGAUUCUCUCAGCUGCCCGAAGCAUCGUCGACCAGUACCGGACCGCUCAAAAACAGUCGCCGUCGGUGAUCGUAUUUGUGCAACAUGAAGAGAAGCCUGACCAAGGCACCCUUGUGAGAAACACGGAGCCGUGGGGACUCGUGUUCGAACCACGUGGAGAUGUUCAAGAGGAGCGCCUGGUUGCAAAGACCACUCAAAACACAUUCGAGUCGAACCCAGACCUGGCUGAUAAACUCAAGGCCGAGGGCAUCACGGAGAUCGUGGCCUUUGGUAUACAGAGUGAAUGCUGCGUCGCCGCUACGUCGAAGGGAGCGCUCGAGGCUGGGUUCAAGGUGACCGUGCUGCGGGGAGCCCACUCAACCUACGAUACCGACUCCCAGUCUGCAGCGGACAUCGAGAGGGAUGUCGAGCAGCAGUUGACGGACAAAGGCGCUGAGGUUGUCCCCUGGGAGGAUGCACUUGCCUCUUGGGAGCAGCGUCGCAUGGUCUCGAGCUACUCGAUCUUUUCCGAGUUGUAGGGUGAGUGGCUAAGAUCUCAGUGUAUGUUGUAGGAUGCUUUGCAGGCUGGUUACAAUAUGUGGUUUUGCUUCUAAUCCCGUAUAUAUGAAAUAUAUAAUUCAAUAUUA